AUGUCUCACAACACCAGAGCAGAGAAAACCACCACUCUAGAGAGAGACGGGGUCAAACGAAGCCCUGGGGCAAAAAACAAAGGUGGAGUAGACUUAGGGGGCAAGAAAGGAACAACAGAUGUUCAUGAAGGUAGCCUUAAAGUAGGGCAUGAUGGGACAGGACAUGGCAGAAAGAGCCCUCAAGGAGGGCAUGAGGAGGGACAUAAUUCAAGUGGAAGGGGACAUCACAGGGGCAAAAGGGUGAGCGAUACCCAGAGCAUUACAACAAAGACCUACUCACCCUUUUUGAAUUCACUCUUCAGCAAGGAAAGAGAUUUGGCCCCUGAGGAAAUGGAUGAGCUCCAUGCAGCCUUUGUAGAGUUUGAUGCAGAUCAGGACGGGUACAUUGGAUACAAGGAGCUUGGAGAGUGCAUGAGGACAAUGGGGUAUAUGCCAACAGAGAUGGAGCUGAUUGAAAUCUCCCAACACAUAAAAAUGAGAAUGGGAGGCAGAGUGGAUUUUGAGGACUUUGUGGAACUUAUUGGUCCAAAGAUGUUGGCAGAAACUGAAAAUAUGGUAGGAGUGAGAGAGCUCAAGAUUGCAUUCAGAGAGGUGACCAACAUUAAGAGUAAAGGUUCAGAUUCCGCUUUUAGUAAAGCUCAAGCUACAGAUCUGCUUAAGGCUGUUCUUUUAGCUUUAGAUCUGAAGAGUUUAAAGACCAUAGGUCAACUGAUAUUGUUUAAGGUCUAG